CAUCUGCAGCUGUUUUCAUCCUUGAGCGAAGCUUAGUGAUUUUUCGAGAACCUGCAAGUUUUCUACCCGCAGUUGUACCUGUAGUGGUCCGCUGGGAAACAUUAAGGUCCCUCUUUCUGUACAAUCGAUAUGAGUUUGAGAGUUCAUGUGUGUACAUGGAAUGUCAAGGUAACACAACCACCAGAUGAAGACUUCAGAUCACUUUUGCACCUUGACAAUGAAGAACAACUUCCUGAUAUUGUUGCCGUGGGUUUGCAGGAGGUUGAUGCUAAACCACAGUCAUUAUUAAUUGAAUACAUAAAGGAAAAUUCCUGGGUAAAGAUCCUUCAAGCCUACCUUGGGGCAUAUGGCUUGGUUAAGCUCAAAUCAAUCCGCAUGCUUGGAAUGGUACACCUUGUAGCUGUUCACACCAAGCAUCUUCCAUAUGUGCGUGAAAUUAGACCUGGUUACUGCAAAACAGCACUUCUUGGCCUCCUGGGAACCAAAGGAGCAGUGUCAUUAAGGUUUACUCUUUAUGGACAAAGCUUCUGCUUCAUCAACAGUCAUUUCUCUGCUCACGCUGACUAUGAAGAACAAAGGAAUCUGGUAGUACAUCCAGAAUAUGGGAGCAUUAGUCAACAUUUGCUAUUUGCAAAUUGUACACCUCAAAAAGCAAUGGAACACAGCUAUGUAUUCUGGCUCGGGGAUCUCAACUACAGAAUUAAUGAAACCAUUGACAACAUCAGAGGGCUCUGUGCAAAAAAUGAUUACCCUGCACUAUGGAAGCAUGACCAGCUCUUACAAGGUCAGAAAGACGGCAAAUGUUUUGAAAAGUUCCAAGAAGGAGAGCUUACCUUUCCACCUACUUACAAGUACAACCCUGGAACAGAUCAGUGGGACACAGAAAGUGGAAAGUACCGCAAACCCGCCUGGACUGACCGAGUAUUGUGGCUCGAAUCUGAGGAGAGGAAAAACACUGUUACACUGGAGAGUUACGUUUCUUAUCAGUCCUAUCAAACAAGUGAUCACAGACCUGUUGGAGCCUCGCUUGCCUUGAAUCUUAAUGACUCGAUCUCUUCAAUGGAGGAUCCUAUCUCGUGGAAGUUGGAUCUCAUGAGUCUUCCCUGGUAUGGCAAUGAGGAUGGUUUGUGUGUAUACGUGGUGAAGAACUACAAGACGUACAGCUGGGAUUGGAUUGGUCUCUACAGGGUUGGUUUUCAACAUGUCUUUGAUUACGAAAUGUAUGAGUGGGCCGUGGGGGACGGGGACGAGUACGGCGAGAACGGCUGCGCGGUGUUGUUCGACUGUCUGCCAGAGGAGGCUGGCCAUUACGUCAUGUGUUACUAUAGCUACAAGUUGGACUGCAUUAUUUCCGUCAGUGAACCAUUUGAGAUUCUUCCACCCCGAGAUGAAGACAAGGAUCCAGUUGAGGUUCAAGUCGAGCAGCCCACUGAGGAUGUGUAAGCAACAAGGAUGACAACAGCUUUUGCCAGACGCUGCACCGCUUCACAAACCGCACGAAUGAGGAGAUACUUUAUGUAAAUAUUUUAGCACGGUACCUGAGCAUAUUUUUCCUAGCCGCCAUUUUGAAUGAUGGGCGCUUUGCGUAACCUUGUCAGUGACGUGUCCUUGUUAAUCGUAUGGUGCGUUUAAUGAGAAAAGAGAAUCCAGAACUAGCUUCAUGUAAGACUAUGGAAUCCUAUAUUAAGCUAGCACUGGCCUGAGACCCUUAAUUGUCUUUCCAUAUAUACUGUAAAAUAAAUCUUCGCUCACCGGACAACCUCUAUCAAGUUAACGUGGACACCUAAAAAAAGGCUUUUGUAAAACGCUAUUGUUACGUGAAACCUGUGGUGAGCGACAGCUGAUGAGAGAUUUGUGUUUCAUUUUUAAUGUAUUGCAAAGAAGGACAGCAUUCUUUACUUUUUAACACAAUUCUUUUCGUAAGUAAGGGUUACUUUUUUCCCCUCUGCUGUUCAAUGUCUAACUUUCUCAAAAUUUCUGCCAUAAUUGUUUGUACUAUGUUUAUCUUCUUUCUGAUAAAGAAUUUGUCGUGAAGUAGAGCGAAGGGUAUCUCUAUGAGCACGGCAGAAGUUGCCGGGGAAGUCUCGGGAUCUCGGAAAGUGUUCGCAAGCAGUCAGCCCUGAACUUUGUUUGGCUCUAGACUUCGCUAGGACUGUCCGAUUUCGACUCCGUGAUUCAAAAUGGCAGUGAUCGAGAGUAGAUCGAAGGAAAAUUUUUUAGUUAGUUUAACUUAGUUUUAUUAACGAGUCCUUUGUCUAUACACAGUUUUUUUUUAUUUAUUAUAACUUAAGCAUCAAGGUCGUUAUCUAAUAUAAUGGAUAUCUGGAAACUUUUAUGAAGAUUUUACUAAAGUUAUCGGUGAGGGUCGUAUAUGCUGUACAUACGAAUUUUUAUUAAGCAACAGUUUUUUCGAUCCCAGUGCUUUUAUCCAAGACUGAUUUUAAAAUAAUCGGUUAAUUUAGAUUAUAACUCAUUACAUAGGCGAACCCGAUGAAAAUGCACAUCACCACAUGCUUGAUUUAGUUUUGCUUCCAAUUGGUGGGGAACGGAAUGAUUUUAAAUUGCUCACAGUAGGUAAAAGAGGCCCAAUCUUCUGUCGAGUGUCGUUAAACGAAACCCCAAAUAAUAACCACAGCCAAUUGUGGCAAAGCUGGAUAUAGUAAGGAGUCUUUAAGAAGUUUGGGAACUGAAAGUAAAUGCUGUACAAUGCGAGUAACUUAGUCAACGAUUAGCUUUUAUUUUGUAUCUGAUUGAUUGAUGAAGCGAUACGAAUCCUUUAACAGAAUCCUAUAACAGAGCGUGCGAGAGUUACACCAGCCUACUCCGGAUUACCAUCGACACUCAACUGAAAUUGCCUUACAUUAGGCUAAUAGUGAAAUAAUCCCUUGCUUCUCUUAACCUUCUUUAAAAUUCAAGCCACGAAAGUCACUUUUGUAUUUUAGCGUACGUACUGCGAGCAUCCAUUAGACUAUGUAACUCAGCAGGAAAUCGAUAGGCGGUUGAGCCCAUCAAAGAAAUUUGUCAGAGAGCAUUUCGAUGGAUUGUCGAAAAACAAACAUUGAAGCAAUCUCAUCAGCCAAUGAGCGCUCAAAGUAAAACAGGGCAACUGCCUUAAGCACUGGUAACUUCAGUAUGAUUGGUUGAGGGGAGAGGUUAGGAAAGAACCAUGUAAUCCUUGCUAUCAGUCGACUUUUAUUUACAAAUUGCUCUGAAUGAAGAUGAAACGAAAUAUAUCCCGUAAUGCUGUUUAAGGUUGCACAAAGUAACAUUAGUUUUGAAACAAAUCCGAUGGACAAAUGAUUUAGUGGUAAAUAUGAAACAAAUCGUUAAUAAAGUAGGUGAAUAUUUUAACAUUAUACUAAGCUAAUAUAUGUGAAAUCGACUCUGUUUAAGCUACGAAAAUAAAUAUCAA